CAAAGUUAGAUACGACCGCACCAGAGUUUAUUUUCGUUCGUAGUAUUUUUUUUUUAUAAUAAUUAUUAAAAUUUAUAUUAUUGUUUUGCAACAGAUUCAAGUCGUCCGUUGGCUCUUACAAUCGAAAUGGACCAUUCUUUAACAAACUUCGAACUUUCCGAAAGUACCGUGAAGAUAGACUCCGAAAGUAGCUCGGACAAGAGCGACCCCAUCGAAAUUUUAGGCGAUUACGACGCGGAAUCGUCCGGCAGCGGUAGCAAGCUGGAAGAUGAUUUCGACAGUAACUUGCCCAGCACAGUUACGCUACUGAAACACGAAGCUACGGGGACCAAGCUCUAUCUUAUAGGCACCGCCCAUUUUAGCAAAGAAUCGCAAGACGAUGUCGAGAAAGUGAUCAGGCACGUCCAGCCCCACUGUGUCGUGUUAGAGCUCUGCCGAUCGCGAACGAACAUUCUCGAACUGGACGAGAAAACGAUAUUGGAAGAGGCGAAAAAAAUGGACAUGCAAAAAAUUGUGUCCACCAUCAAGUCCAACGGCAUAUAUAACGGCCUCAUGUACAUUCUUCUUCUUAACAUGAGUAGUCACAUUACAAAAGAGAUUGGCAUGGCUCCCGGGGGCGAGUUUCGGGUCGCGUACAGAGAAGCGUCCAAACUACCCCAUUGCAUUAUCCGUUUGGGAGAUAGGCCUAUUAGCAUAACGAUCCGCAGGGCUUUAGCAAGAUUGAGUUGGUUUCAGACUUUUAAGCUUGCCUGGCACCUGCUGACGUCGAAAGACCCCAUAAGCGUCGAGGAAAUCGAAAAAUGUAAAAAUCGGGACAUGCUCGAGCAGCUACUCGCCGAUUUGGCAGGCGAGUAUCCCGCGUUUCGAGAAGUGUUCUUAGACGAGCGGGAUAUCUAUUUGACUAACGCGCUGCAGGAGGCGGCCGUCAGCAAACAUCCGGAGGGAGGUGCGGAACCCCUGAAAGUUGUCGGGGUGGUCGGGAUAGGUCACACCCCCGGCAUCAUUAGGCUGUGGCCCCACAGCCAGAAAAAUUUCCUAAAGGGGAUUAUGGUCGUGCCCCCGCCGACUCUGAUUUCGAGAAUUUUGCGCUACUCCUUCCGCCUGACGAUGCUUGGUUUGGGUGGCUACUUCGUCUACAAACUCAUACCCGUACCGAAGGCAAUCAGGGAAACCUUUCACUUAAUUACGGCGAAAGUGAUAAACAACAUUAAAACCUCGCCUUUUAAAUAUUCGAUUAACUAAUUCUUUCCGAUAAUUCCGCGCGUAACUAAAUAACUUGGUUAUUUUCUUCUUAUUGUUGUUUCUUUGGGUUCGUUUCUCGCACGAAAAACUUGGUUAUGUAAUCGUGUUUGGAUUUGACAUUUCGCUACAUUUAUGGUAGGGGGCGGAUUCGUCACAGACCACGUGCGUUUGCAUAAGACGUCAACAAUUCUCCGGUCUGUACCCGGAAGUUGACAGUAAAGCUUUGCGUUAUUUUUGUUCUGGAGAUUGUUAAGUAUGUUGUUAAAAAAGAAAAAGAUGGUUCUAGUCUUUGCCGAGAUUUAUUUGGGCGCCAACAUUCUAAGAUAAAAUCGAUUAUUUAUAUGAAUAACGUCAGGCACAGGUUUGGAUAACAUUCCUUACACAUUUAGUUUACGGUAUUCGGGUUUUAUGAUACUUGUUAGGAAUAUAUUUUGUAAACAAUAAAGGUGAUAUAUUUUUGAGUAGUUGUUUAA